GCAGGUCUUUUAUUACACCAUUUUCAAUCCUUGAAGAAAUUGACGAGAAGGUUAAAAAAGCGAUGCAUGGUUAAAUUAAAAAAAAACUGAGUAUCUUAAAUAGCCACUGUUUCUAUAUGAAUAAACCAAGAGAGGCUAUCUUUAUUGUUUUGUUGUUCGCAACAAUCAGAUGCUUCACUAUGUAUAUUCACGCGCUCAUUUUUUUGUUUAAUGCUUCCUUUGUUUUUUGUCUGUUUUUUUCUUCUGUUUUUUUUCUCCGGUUCUUCUGUUUUUUUUUUCACUAUAUUACAAAUAGCGUAGCUACAACAGGUUUCUUUUAAUGGUUAGUAUGCACUAGUGUUUUUUAUUGGGACUGAAAAAUUGGAAUACAUAUUUUUGUCUCCAGCCAUUUUCAUCACUGACAAACUUAGGACUGGUUUUUUGUUUUUCGGCUUGUGUUUUAACGAAAAACGUCAAAUAAAAUAUCGGUUACAAAACUUUAUUGAAAACUACUUUCAUUUGAAAAAAAACUGCUUUUCACAAUGUGACAAAUUUUUUUGAUAUGCAUUACUAACCAACUAUUUAUAAUAGCUCAAGUUGUUUAUACUGGGGUUUGUAAUUUUGUUGAUUGUAUGUAUACAUGAUGGUAUCUGCUUAACACAACAAAAUUAAUAAACGAUAAGAUCGAUUGAGUUUGGUUUGCAAUUACAAUUCUAUUACUCACAUUUUCAUUAUCAUUCCGCUCCAAAAGCGUAAAGCAAGUCAACAGCGCGUCACGUCACAAUUGUUUUCGAGUUCGCAGUUGAACAAUUUGUACCAUCAACCUCUAUUGAACAGAAGCGGCCUUGUUAAGCAGCUCUUACUUUUCGUGGUGGACUUGGACUGGCCAUAUAUGGCUCCUUCGAACUUGGGAGACUGGACUGGGCUGCUGGCUCCGUUCGCCUACCAGAGCUCCCAGGUUGACUGGUGUGAGCCGAACUAUGUGCAUUCGCCCUAUGUUGCAGAAUUCUUCAACACCAUAUCUAGCAUUCCGAUAUGCCUUGCGGGAGCUCUGCACGUGGGAAGUUAUGAGCUGUUCGCGAGACAGUUCGACCUCCGAGUGAGGAUCCUCGCCUACUUCGUCAUCUGUGUUGGCCUUGGAUCCAUUUGGUUUCACAUGACCUUGUCGACGAUCGGUCAAUUGGCCGAUGAAUUGUUCAUUCUGUGGCUUCUAGCUCUCGGACAAGCGUGGUAUUUCCCUAUUGCAAUUUUGCCCGACAACGCAAAAGUCAAAAGAUCACACCUGGCUGUGUUUUUCUGCAGUCUGGCUCUAAUCAGCACCUGUCUGUGUCACACCUACCCAGUAGUGAACCACUUCGCCCUCUGCGCCAUCUCCCUCCCACAAUACACUGGCAUGACAAUCGCAUACUUCACUCGCAAAUCACCCCCUCCCCAAAUGCUCACACACAUGUACUACGGCUGUAUGGGGGUGUGGAUACUCGCUUUCCUCGUCUGGAUCGCAGACCAGACAAUUUGCACCACCCUUCUCGCCUGGAACAUUCCAUAUCUCCAUGCUACCUGGCACAUCCUAUCCUCCAUAGGAUGUUGUCACUCUCUCAAUUUGAGUGUCUAUCUCGACCUUGAGAGUUCUUCAAAGUUCAAUCAAAUGACGAUCAAAUUGAGAAAAUUCCCUCAAAAUUUGGGAUACUUUUCGUAUCAGUACCUAUCAAUCAGUUAGCUUUAGUGCUCCAGUUAUAUCGAGUAGUAAACUCAACAAAUUCUCAGUAGUUCAAAAAUUUCUCCAAAACUUUUCAGUUUUUGGGACACAUCAACUGAUUUCUAUUUAAACUUCUUCUUGUUUUGUUCGGCUGACUGUGAUAAAAUAUGAAAAUAUUAUAAAGUUUUCGCAUAGGAGGUUUAUCAAAGUGAAUCCCCUUCUGACGGUCUUAAUUUAUUACCUCGAUCAGUUACGAGACAGCAACUAAUGUGAAACGACAAAAACUAAAAAAAUUCCAAAUAUAAAUACGGAUUGAUAAUAUCAUCGGAUGAUCACGAAGAUUUUCGACUAUAGAUACGACGAGCUAAUGGUAUCAGAUGCCAAUUUUUGUAGGGUUGGAUCAGAUGCCCUUACUUCAAGCAUUCGCCCUUCUCACUACCAAAAUAGGCACAAAAUUUCUAAAAUCCGUUCUCUUGAGAAACUCUUGAGCCCGCCCUGAACAAAAUAGUCGUUAUCAUUGCCUUAUACUGUUUUCUAACCUGUUUGCACCUGUUAGUCACUAUAGAGUAGAAUUGUUCAAUUUAAAGUUAUAUUUGAACUGUUCCAUGAAGUCAAAAUCUC